GCAACGGAAAGCCCAUCAUCUGAAACAACGGCACAGUGUCGCACUUCUAUCUUUCUAUAAGGUGGUCCAGCACAACCCGAAUCUUAACAGUUUCCACCAACACACACCCAGCACAGGAGGAUGGCGGUGAAUGUCUACUCCACCUCUAUGACCAUAGAGAACCUGAGUCGCCAUGACAUGUUAGCAUGGGUCAACGACUCUCUACAGCUGACCUAUACAAAGAUUGAGCAACUCGGUUCAGGUGCUGCGUACUGUCAGUUCAUGGACAUGCUGUUUCCAGGCUGCAUAUUGAUGAAGAAAGUCAAGUUCAACGCUAAACUGGAACAUGAAUACAUUCACAAUUUCAAGGUUUUACAGGCUGCGUUCAAGAGGAUGAAUGUGGACAAGAUCAUUCCUGUGGAGAGGUUGGUGAAGGGGAAGUUCCAGGACAACUUUGAGUUCCUUCAGUGGUUUAAGAAGUUUUUCGACGCCAACUAUGACGGGAAAGAAUACGACCCUCUACAGCAACGGCAGGGCCAGGAUGGCACGCCACCUCCGCCCAGCCAAGGUGAACCCAUUCUCCACAAACCUAAAAGACCCAUUCGCUCAGGCCCCAUGAGAACAUCUCCCACAGUACCGAAGACUGUCCCCACCCCACAGAGGCAGGUCAAUGUGCCAGCCCCCCGCAGGAGCGCUCCUGUGACCCGCAACGGAGGAGAUGCUGAACUCAUGGAGCUCAACCAGCAGCUGCUGGACCUGAAGCUGACUGUAGACGGGCUGGAGAAGGAGAGAGACUUCUAUUUCGGAAAGCUGAGAGACAUUGAGCUCAUCUGCCAGGACGGCGGAGACGAAACCAACCCGGUCAUCAACAAAAUCAUGGAAGUACUUUACGCUACAGAGGAUGGAUUUGCACCCCCAGAUGAUGAAGAAAUCGAUGAAGGGGCACAAGCAGACCAGGAGGAGUUCUGAGCUCAUCCUCUUCACCAUCCCCAUCUGUGAUCAUCUGUCCUCCUCCUUCCAGCUCCCUCACCCUUUAACCUCCCUAAUCAUAAUUGUCAUCUUUCUCCCACCCCUCUUCGUUCCCCCCUUGUCUUUUAAUUUCUUCAAUCUCUCCUUACUUUUUCCAUCUUGUUUGAGGCUGUCCAUAUCCAUGACGACUGUGUUUUUUUUUUUGUACAGCCUAGCUUCCAAAAACUCCUACUAGUAAAGGACACUUUGCCCAGACCUGUCUGGACUAGCCCAGCAGCCUAUGUUGGCUUAUUUGACUGCUUCUCACCUGUUAGCAGAGACGACAGCUGCACUGCAGGGCUGCAGAGUCUGUCAGAGGUUUAAGGUUAAUAGCAAUGAGAUUACAGGGAUCCAGCACUGACAGCCUGGAGCCAACAGUGCUAUCAAUCGGUGUGUCUGAAGAGGCAGGUCACUUUCUCUCACCGUUGCACUCUGAUUGGUGAAAACACACACACUCACGCGCGCAUCAGGGUUCUCUGCAGAGUUUAUAUAUGAAACCAUACGAUGUUUUCCACACAAUGUGAUUAGAUUGAGGAUAUUUUUGGCAGGAAAUGACACGAGGUGAGAUUAUAAAUGGUCCUUUAAAGAAAGGCCUGCACAUGCAUAUAUUUUGAACAUAUUGCACAUGUGAACGUACAACGUUUAGCCCAGCAGACAUAUCACAGACUUUGAACUGAUCACAUGUAGAUGCAUUAAAAAAAAGUCAUCAUUCCAAGGUUGAAAAAAAAGAAAAAAACCUAAAAAAAAGACAAAUCACAGAGUAUGUUUUUAUUCAUCAAGUUAUCCCACCAGAGAGGGUUUGCUCAUCAAUGGUUAUGACAGCUUGUUUAUGAGACAGCAUGAUGUAUUUAUGUUUUUAUUUAUUUAUCUUUUUUUAAACUCUGCUCUAUACAGUUUCUGAAAAAAAAGAAAAUUGUGGUUUGGAUUUGGGGAAAUUGAAGGUCUUGCACUAAUUGUAGCGAAACAAACCGACUGAAAUGAUCCAAAAUGCCAACAUGCAGUGACUGGCUGCAGCCAGAAAGAUACAGGAAGAUGCAACUUUUUUAUCUCGUAGAUUUGUUUUUUAUUUGCAUUGAACUCCUCAAUGGGCACGUAAGUGUAAAAACCUAUUUAUCAGACAAAUGUCAGGCUUUGAAUUCUAUGAAUGAACAAAUAUUUUGAAAAAAUACUAAAAGAUACUACAGACAGACACUACUAAAUACUAAUGUUUGACCGUGUUAAUUGAGUUAAACAUUUUAGCUGCUAUCUCUAUUUUUCUGUUGCCGUAUUUAAUUCAGAUUUCAUAUGUUGUAUAGCGUUAAAACGCCACAGUGGCUGCCAAGAAACUAACUAUGCUUGUGGUUUAUUAUGAUAGGCAGCCAGGCUGAGUGUGAUUGACAUUAGUUGGACCAGUCUGAGAGAAAUUAACAUCAAAGCCUCUCUCAAUGUUUGUUGCCAUGGCAGCCAUGUGAUAAACUCGCAUCAUUUGGAGUUACUGCUGGAAUGAAAUAAAGCUCUGAGGUUCAAUAAAAGCAACAAA